AUGGCGUGGUCCUCGAGAUUUGUUCAAUGGCUAUCCAAUAUCUGGAUUAUCCUCUGCGGUCUGGUCUUGUCUUGGGCGUCAUCUCUCGUUCGACCAUUCAAGUCGUCCCCAGUCCUUGAACUGCCCACUAGGUCGCCUUCUCUGCCAUCCACCCCAUCUUUUAUCCAAAGUUUUGAACCGAACCCCGCCUGGGAUGCUAUGAAGAUAUUCCAAUUGUCCAACGGAUCUCCUCGCGCAUCACGCAUCGCUCGGAACAAAAUUGCAGAACAAGAAGUGCGUCAUGGCGUAACAACGGAGAAUGCUUUUCCAUCUCCCGCUCUCACCUACCUAUCAUCUCGAGAUGACCUUAAGGCCCGGAACCGAGACCAAGGCAGCCAUACGUCCACGUCCAUUUCGCCCUCAGACAAGCCUUCACCCGGAUUCUCCAUCUUCUCGGACAUUACCCACACGCUUGCGCCGUCGAUGGCCGCUGACUCGCCAUCACUGUACUCCAGUCCAGCGACGUCUCCUGCUUCGACGCUAAAUGCUCUAUCGACGCCUGGGUCGGAUGUACUGUAUAUUGGGCCUAAGGAGGAAUUUCUGCAAAGCGAGAUGGCCAUCAAGGGGAAGCAUGAAGACAGCGCGGCUCCGCCGACCUUCUCGUCCCCCCGGAAGGAAGCCCGUGUUUCCAAAAUCGACGAUUCCUUCUCAGCGGACUUCAAACCCGACGUCGGCGAGCUCUCUAAGCGUCGUACAUUCAUGGAGCCUCCUGUCAUUCCUGGUCUACCUCAUGAGCAUCUUUUUCUUCUACAUCGAUCCAGCAACACUUCUACCGACGACCAAAACCUACCCCUACCUGCAUCACCGGUUCCAUCGACGCCAAAAUCUGCCUUCUCCACAUUUACAGACCUUGUCCGCUCUCCUAGUCCCCUUAGGUCUCCCAAAGCCAUCAAACGUCGUCCCGUUCCAGUCGUCUCCAUCUCUGAGCCAAAGUACGAUCAGCCGCUCUUUGAUACUCUGGGCGAAUCUUACUUCGCGGACGACAAUCUUGCUCUUCCAGCCUUGACUAUGGACAUCAACGACCUCGAUGUGUACAGGCACUCGAACGUUUUGGCCGAGUCAACCUUAAGCGUACCUCCAAGUCCCAAGCGGAGUCCGACCUUGAGACGAAAGGCGAGGCACUUGGAUUUGGGUGCUUUGGCUUCUCCGUUUGACUUGCACUUUCACGGAACGAAUGUAUACGACAGUGCCAUAUACAACCUUUACCAGGAUGGCAAAUCGAUUCUGGAGCUGAGAGAAUCAACUGUCGACUCGCCGACGUUGUCACUUGAUUGUGAGGAGUUGAUGAGUGAAGGUCGAGCAUCAUCUGUCGUAUCUUCUCUUGGUCCUAUUGAGGAGGAAUCGGACGGUCCCUCCCACAACGUUGCUAGCAUCAACAGCGCAUCGAGCCCAAUUGCAUCAUUAUCCUCUACGACACCCGAAGAUCAGAGCGAUGACGCUGGCACUGGCAUGCCGUCCCCGUCAUCCGCAACAGAUACGCAUACAACUCAACUGGCCUCCUCCGCGGAGCCUGGAGGCGAAGAAGAGCUCAAGCGGAUCUCAAAGCGUCUCUCUGACUAUGCGUCCAUGGUGUUCCCUUUUAGCCUUGAUGAUGCUCCUUCAACUGCCAGCGGGAGCGACUACGAUUCGGACGACUCUGACGACUCAGAGAAGGGAUGCGACGAGCGAGUUAAUGACCACCUUUCAUCUCUAUCUGUGGAUUUUCCAGAAGUUUGCCCUGACGAAGUAUUGGCCGUGCCAACCACUGAUGCUGUAGUCGAUAUGGACUCAGUCCUUGGCUCUUCUGGUACCGAAAUUCCUCCCUGUGCGCUUACAGCAGACUUCACUCUAGUAGCUCCUUCGCUGGCUGACGAGUGUACACACUCUGCGACGGAAGCCUUAAAGCACGACAGCGAACCUUGGCAAGCUGCAGCCAACCAUGGAGCUGCUAUGGCCGAUAUUCCGUGCAUCUCUGACGACCUUGUAUCUCCUCAGGCGAACGUACCGACUCUCAGUGAUGACAUUCCCCUUCAACCACAGUUUCCUCCUGUCGCAGACGAAGUUUCCAUAAUCUCAGUCCCAACCAAGAACGCCAACCGCAAGAGGAACAGAAGCGCUACGAUCUUUCAGCCUAAACCUGUCUCUUCUUCCCAUCUUGGUCUCAGUUCCAGCCUGUCUGACCCGUCCCACAUCUCUUUGGUCGGUGUCUUUGAGCCAAUUUCCACUCUUCCAUGGGCAGGAACCUCCGAUGCAAGCUAUCUCGUGGCUGCUCAUAGCACGGCCAACGGAGUAGGUCCUCCAGCUCAUUCUUCGAUCCUUGGUUUAUCGGCAAGUUUUUCUUGCCCGUCGGCUCUUGUGUCACAGGAACAACACUCGUCCGUUACUGCGGUCUCCUCUGACACGCCUGUGUCCCCUGAUGCCAAUGGUGCGCCGUGCGCUUCUGUCAACUUUCAGUCCCGUUGUAUGCAGGAUAUGAAUCUUAGAGACUCAAAAAUCCAUUCUCGUCGGGCAGGUAUUUACGGUGGUCUUUCUCGUCAUAAUUUCUCUGCAUCUUUGGAGCCGACCAUCCCUAGAGGCCUAGAUUCCAUUGCAGCUCGCUCCCGGUCUGUUGCUCCUGAGCGACAUCGUUCGUCGAUCAUGUAUUCCUCUCAGCGCCUUGCGAGGCGUGGUUCAAGUCUUCGCCCUUUGGUACUUCCUCUACGCAUCGCUCUCCGCGAAAGUGCGUCACUAUCGACAGGUGGAGUUGCAAGCUCUUCCAACCCACGACUGGUGAUGCGGGGUGAAUCAUUUGACUCAAAAGAGGACGGUAGGACGAGCAUCGGCCAGCCACCCGCCUUUCCGCUCCCUGCACUUCCAAUGCGAGCAGUGCUACGCAGGAAGGCGCCUCCCAGACAGCCCAUCCAAGCAUCAGGCCGUAAGGAGAGGGCGGAGGACAGAUUGAAUGCCCUCAUCGCCCUGAUCGACGCUAUGGAUGUUGCUUCGGUUCCUGAAACCGACUCGGAGUUGGAACCCUCGACGCCUUCGACUCCUGAUCCUGUCGCUGAUCUCAGUCCACCGGAACCCGUGUCGUGUGGACUGCUCCACAGGCACGGCGUCAAUUGGGGAAUCGCUUUCUGA